AAGGCUGCAGGUGACUUCCAGCCGAACACAGCGGGAGUAAGCGAGCGAUCUCACUCUGUUGCUUUUUUGCCAAGUUGUCACAAGGAUCAGACUCAGAUUUCCCCAAGUCAUUGGGCGGACUCAAUUCAGAGAUCAAUCUCUCCAUCGUCCUCUCAGGCGAUGGAAGCUUCGACAAGCAGUAGCCAUGGUGGUAGAUCCGGGGCCUACGACGUGUUCCUCAGCUUCAGAGGACCUGACUCCCGCUUAACCAUAGCGGAUUCUCUCUACAAUGCCAUGGACCGCGCAGGGAUCCGUGUCUUCAAAGAUGACCAGGUGCUCCUAUUCGGUGAAAGGAUCGGAGGUGGCCUCUCACGUGGGAUCGACAACUCCAAAAUUUACAUCCCAAUUUUCUCCAAAGGCUACGCUUCGAGUAAGUCAUGCCUCCGUGAGCUCGCUCAAAUGGUGGCUUGCACGAGAAGAUCGGUGGACGGCGAGCGGAAAGCGAUCCUCCCUAUCUUCUUUGACGUGGAUGCGGAUGAUGUCAAGCUUAAGACCGAUUUAUAUCAGGAAGCCCUCCAAAACCACAAGAGCGACUCCCGGGAGGAUUUAGUAAAGCAGUGGGAGGAGGCUUUAAGAGAGGUUGGCAGAAUUAUGGGAAAGAAUCUCAAAGAUCACGGCCUGCAUAAACUUACGGAGCUCAUGGUGGAAGAGGUUUCUAGUUUGUUACAGACAAGACUGCCGGACGUGCCUGAUCAUUUGGUGGGAAUCAAGGAUCGGAUGGAUGAGAUUAUGAAGUGGUUAGAUCUAGGAGCUGUUGAUGUACGGUAUAUCGUGAUUCAUGGUAUGGGUGGCAUCGGAAAGACGACACUGGCCGAGGCUAUCUUCAGGCAAAUCUCCCCUAAAUUUCAGGAUGGUUGCUGCUUUCUUAAAGAUGUUCGGACGAAUGAUAUAUUAGACUUACAAAAGAAAUUGUUAUCCGACAUUCUCGAUCUUAGAUGCACACAUCUCUCCGAUGCUCAAGUGGAUGACAUGAUCAAGACGAGAUUUCGUCGCAAGAAAGUCUUGAUUGUUCUUGAUGACAUUGACAAGCCGAACGAAAUCAAGAAACUUGCAGACGAGCCCAACUGGUUUGGUGGAGGAAGUAGAAUUGUCGUAACGACGAGGAAUAUUGACUUCUUGAAAGCUGAAUGUGACGAUGACAGCAUACUAGAGUCACAUCAUGGAAAUUUCUCAUUCUACGAAAUGGUGGAGAUGAAUCAUGAUGAUGCUCUUCAACUUUUCUGUGAGCGUGCCUUUGGUCAUGCCAAGCCGCCACCUGAUUUCGUGGAUAUCUCAGAAAAGCUAGUCAAUGCACUUGGAAGGCUUCCAUUGGCUCUCGAUGUCAUAGGUUCCACACUUCGUGGGAAAACCCGAAGUAGAUGGGAUCAUGUUCUACAGAAGUUAAAGCAGGUGUUAAACGAGGAUGUCAAGAAGAAGUUGAUCAUAAGUUACGAGGCAUUGGACCCUCCUCAACAACAAAUUUAUCUUGAUAUUGCAUGUUUCUUCAUCAAUCAAGAGAAAAUAACUGCAAUUAAAUAUUGGGAUGCAUUUUUUGGGUAUUCCACCGAAACCGAAAUCAAGAUCCUCAUACGUAUGUCUUUGAUAAAGGUCAUCGAAAAUGAUAAACUAUGGAUGCACGACCUACUUAGAGAUCUCGGAAGGGAUAUCGUCCACUCCAAAAGGGGCGAACUCCAACAAAGGGGUAGUAGAUUGUGGUCUCCCGAGGAUGCCUUCCGUGCAGUGCAGAGAAAAGAGGGGAAUGAAAACACAGUGGCGCUCAAUCUUGGCACACCUGAAUCUCAUGCGGCGCACAUAUUUAAACCCGAGGAAUUUGAGAGGAUGGUCAACCUUAGGUUCCUUCAAUUGGACGGCGGAAACUUCGAAGGAGACUUUAAAAAUAUUUUCUCAGAGUUAAGAUGGCUCUCUUGGAGCAAUUGCCCUUUGGAAUUUCAAGCUACAAACUUUGGGUUGGAGAACCUAGUGAUUCUCAGGCUUUCUAGGAGUAACAUCACUGAAGACUGGGGAGGAUGGUGUCAAAUGAUGGUAUCAGAACAGUUGAAAGUCCUCCAACUCGAGUAUUGUCCAUCCCUUACAAAGACACCUGAGUUAUCUGCAAUCUCGCGACUGGAGAGAUUGAUUCUUAGAUGCCGUCAACUAAGAAGGAUUGAUGAGUCCAUCGGCAAUCUAAAAUCUUUGACGGAGCUAAGAAUAGAUUCUCAGAGACUCACAAUAUUGCCUCACUCGAUUGGUAAUUUGGUGAAGCUGAAGCAUCUAAUCUUGAAAUGCCGAAAACUUCGAAAGCUUCCCGACUCUAUUGGACAAUUGGAAUCACUACUUAAGCUGGAUGUCAAUGAUACGAGCAUUAGUGAAUUACCCAAUUCCAUCGGAAACCUAGAAAGUUUGAGAAUUUUUAAGCUCCCACGUCACAAUUUAGAAAAGCUACCAGACUCGAUUGGGGAGCUCCGAUCAUUGGUCGAGUUGGGUAUGGCGAAUUCAAAAAUCAGGAUAUUACCUGAUUGUAUUGGAAAUCUGAAAAAGUUGAAGACACUACGUCUGAGUGGGAGCCGCAUAAGGGAACUUCCGAAAACCAUAGGAAAGUUGGAAAAUCUGGUAGAGUUGUACGCCGAUUUUGCUCUGGAGAGGGAAAUUCCAAGUGAGAUUGGGGCACUAUCCUCGUUGGAAAUUCUAUACUUACAGGGUAGCAGAUUUAGUGGAUUGCCGGCAACCAUCAAUCAACUUACAAAUCUCGACGAACUUGUUUUAGUGGAGUGUUGUUCAAUUCAACAGCUGCCGGAACUUCCUCAGAGUCUAACGGAGUUGUGCAUUUCAUCAAACUCGCUGACCACAUUCCCCGACUUCUCAAACCUAACCAAUUUGGUUGAUCUCUCUAUAGAGGGAACACCAGUUCAAGAACCCAACAACAUAGACUGCUACAAGAACUCUCAAUAA